GACCUAGCAUGUGGUCUGUUGCUCCCUCUAAAAUAGUCUGUACAGUUCAGCACAUUCCCUUCCCUAGGAAGCUACUUUAAGGCGGGAAUAGUCAGCUAAGCUGCACCUCAGAGGCCCAGGUUCUGCAGCAGUACAUGCCUACCUGCCCGCCAAAACAAGGCGUCUAUGACUGGAUACACUGUAACUGGGUCUUGGUGCCAGGCGGGAAACCCUUCCUGCCAAUCACAUCUCUAACUUUGCUCGUGUGAUCACGCGGGCCUCCCGCUCAGAAUCUUCAGAAAGCGGCACAGCCUCACUGACGGACGGUCCUCAGGAUAUGGAGCCUUUGGACGGUUACGGCUACACUUGGCUCAGCCUGGGAGUUGAGAAGGACCAGGAGGAACAGCAGGAUAUGAGGCCAACUGCUGAAGAGAGAAAAGAUGAGGAAGAGGGUGUACCUGUACCGAGCGAGGCUAAGCAAAGAGAGGCAGCGGAAGAAGAGAAAGGAGAAAAAGGAGAAGAAUUAGGAGGAGGAGAAGGCCAGGUUGGCACCGGCGCUCCUGACCCCAUAGACGACAGGAACGAAGAAAGCAGUGGCUCCAGCAGCAGUGGUGACCAAGAACAGGAGGAGCUGAUCCCCGAGGAAGAUGAGAAUGGCAGGGACCAGCAAUGGCUCCUCGAGCAUACCGGUUUCACCCAGUUGCAGCUGCAGGAAUUGGAGAACUAUCUCCAGUCCAACAGGAGCCCCAGCAGACCAGAGCG